AUGAGUAAAAUGCAACAGCAAGAGGUUGGAGGAGAGGAGAAAAAGCGAGAGGAUGAUUCAAGAGAUGAGAGAAUUACAGAGAGUGGUGAGAGGGAAGGAAAGGAGGAGAACCCAUCUCCAUUGAUGGCUCUGAACCACGUUUCAAGGCUGUGUAGAAAUGUGAAGGAAUCGAUGGAUUUCUACACGAAGGUGCUGGGAUUUGUUCUGAUCGAGAGGCCCCAAUCUUUGGACUUCGAGGGUGCAUGGUUGUUCAAUUAUGGUGUUGGUAUCCACUUGGUGCAGUCCAAGGAAGAAGAUCAGAGAUUGCCUUCGGAUACUCAACACUUGGAUCCCCAGGACAACCAUAUAUCUUUCCAGUGUGAAGAUCUGGAAGCCAUGGAGAAGAAAUUGAAGGAGAUGAACGUGAAGUACAUGAAAAGGAGUUUGGAGGCAGAAGAUGGAACGAAGAUGGACCAAAUAUUCUUCAACGACCCAGAUGGGUUCAUGGUGGAAAUAUGCAACUGUGAGAAUCUGAAACUCGUUCCUGCUGAUUCACUCAGCAAGAUCAAGAUCCCAAUGGAUCGCCACACCCCACCCGUGGAGACAAAUCAGACAGAGUGA